GAAGUCAAGCCUUUUAUACCAGAAGAAGCCAAAGAAAUUGUGAUGUCUCUGCAGGAACCUGCAGUAUUCUACAACAUGGCUUUUGAUUGGCCAGCACUUCAGUGGAAUGUUACUUACCUUGCCAAGCUGUUGGCUGGAAAAAGAAUCCUUUUUAGGGUAGGGUUGAAGGACUUGGGCACAGCUCCACUGUUUGAAAAUGAGUGCAGUUAUGUGGAAGCUACGCUUGAAGAGUUUCUGGCCUGGAGUUUAAGAGAGCCUUCUUGCUCUUCUGGACUGUUCAGUGGUUACGAGUCACAUAAAUACUGGGCCUAUGCUGACUAUAAGUAUAUUGCUAGACUAUUUGAAGACAACCCAGAACAAUUCAAGGAUGUGAGAUGGUCUGACUUUGGAUUUUCUGGAAGAGAUGGAAGGGAGAGUACUCUGUGGAUUGGGACAUCAGGAGCAAACACUCCUUGUCAUUUGGAUUCCUAUGGGUGCAACUUAGUGUUGCAAGUGCAAGGAAGGAAAAGGUGGCAUCUGUACCCACCUGAAGACUCCAGUUUUCUUUAUCCUACCAGAAUUCCUUAUGAAGAAUCUAGCGUGUUCAGCAAAGUCAAUGUUGUCAGUCCUGAUCUGAAACACUUUCCACAGUUUAAGAAAGCACAAGUCCAUGUGGUUACAGUUAAUCCUGGUCAGAUCCUGUUUGUUCCCAAGCACUGGUGGCAUUACGUAGAAUCCAUUGACCCCAUCACCGUGAGCAUAAACUCUUGGAUUGAACUGGAUACAGAUCAUGAUGAUCGUGUAGAAGAGGCAAUAACUCGGACACUGAUAUGUGCAAUCAAAUCUGUAGACCACAGCAGCACUUCAGAUUCGUGGCUCAACCCCACAGAGAUUGAAGUGACAUCCCAUGAAACCAAUCUUCAAUACUUAAAUGCAGCAGUAUCUGGAUAUCUAGAGCAUCAGAAAACAAAUAAAACUGAACCCAGAGUUCUUGGAAGUCAUAAUACUGAAAGGAUUUUUGAAGACUCACAUAAAAGAAGAAAAAUCCAAGUAAAUGCAGAAGAGAGUUUCAACCUGUGUGAAUCUAAUCUUGCAACCAUCAAAAUGAAAAAGCUGGGGGAAAUCCCUUUUGGACACAGUCUCUUUAAGGUUUUGCCUCAGUCUCAGCAAACAAACUCAACAGGAACCACUGGAAAUGAAGGAGACUUUGGAAAACUGCACUGUGCAGGGACAACAUCUGUAACGAAUAGCGACUCUGGAGUACUUGUUGAUCGGAAGGAUCCAGGCAGUAGAGCCAACUCCACACAAGCAGCAAUUUGUACAAAUGAUUUGCUAGAUUGUGUGCUAAAUCCACAGGUCAUCAGUUUAAUGGCUCGGCUUUUGUUGGAGAGAACAAGGCUUGUUUAA